UUGUCAAUAAUUGAAUAUGACCGCAGGUGGGACAUUAGGUGAAGGAUGCGUGAAUUCGGAUGUUCAAGCAGUGGCUGAGGGAAGGUCUGAGGGUGCACAUCACAAUGUUCAGCGGAGGCCCCGUUGUCGAUCACCAUCACGACGCCUGAGCUCGUGGCAAUGCGAAUAUCUUCAAGUACAGUUCUACUUGGACUCUUUCAGAUUACGCCAGCAAGGGGGUAUGAUGCUAAAUGGUUAGAUAUGGCGGGGAAAAUUGAAGUUGUUAGACUUUUUGGGCUUAGUAUCUGGGCUGAGCCUCAUGCUCCCUGCCAUCUCGGAAACGGCCCCUGUCAAUAUGAAGUUCCCGGAACUGCGAGUUGGCAUUCACGGCGAAAUAAGGCCAUAAGCACGCCCGCAUCUGAAGCAGCUUCCAAAAUCCUCGAUACUGUGGUUCACCAUGAAAAUACAAGCUAUUUGCCACAUUCUGACGCUCAUGCGCCCCACCCUGUCUACGGAGUGGCAAUUAACUUUCUCCCUGGAAGGACAACAACAGGUUUGAUCAAGUUCCUGGUCGUUCAAUAUAUAAUCUGCGUCUCUGUAAGCCUUCUCUUUUGCUCCACUAUCCUGUCUCUCUUCUUUCGUUUUUACAUGUAUAGUGGCAAACCAAAUGUGGCGGGUAUAGUGACGUGUCACAGCAAGUAAGGUUUGAUGGCGUCGACAACCGAGAAUCUUUGGCUUUCCUGUCAAGCUAAAAG